AUGUAUUUCCUUGGCGUUCUUCAUUCGCUUGUCCAACUUCCAAAGGAUUUAUACAAUACCGGAAUUUCUGAUUGCCACCGUGCAGUAAAUGUUCCAUUCGGUGAUUCUUCAAACGGUAAACUUGUCGUUAGAAUGGAAAAAAUCGACAGAUUACAAGAAACUCUUAUCAGAAGAGUUAAGGGUGCAUUCCCAGAAAUUACAGAAACAGAACUCGAUUAUUUCAAGACAUCUACAGAUGAAAUGAUGACUGCAAAAUACUGGGACCAGAAAAUCACAAGAAAAGUUUGCAUCAACGGUUACAGUGUUAGAAGCUCUCAAUCAAUCAAUUUCAUCCUUACAUUAUCAAACAUCAACUCUCCACCAAACACAGUCAGCGUAUUAUUCACCGUCUGCAAGUCAGAUUACAUCUUCAUCAACAGCUUUGCUGCUAUCACAUUAUUCAGCAUUGUUGAUGGCAAGGUUGAGAACGUUGUUUCUUCAAUCCCAGCUUCAAAGAUCACCCAGAUGAUGGUUGCUUGCGUUGCUUCCUCUAUCGCUCCAGAAUACUUCGGCACACAUAUCGCAACCGAAUCAUCACUUUCUCCAAUCGUUGACUACAUCGAGGGAUAUCUUAACAAGUAUGUCACAGUUCUUAAGUACAUCAACGAGAACGAGGCCCAGGCUUCCAUCAACGAUUUCAGAAACAACAACAACGUUGUCGAUUUCGCUUCAAUUUCUGAUCGCAUCAGAAAGGUCUGCCUUACAACACCGACACCAUCUCCAGAGCCAACAGCUACACCAGCUCCAGAACAGCCAGUCUCCAACAAGAAGUUAGAGAAGAAGCACCGCCGCUCUCAUCGCCACGCAAUGAGAGGCUAA